GGCAAAUAUGCUGAAGUAAUGAUAUCUGUAUCUUUAGUAACUUACUAAUGAAAAAGUACUUGAUGGUUUUUACAUAAGAAAGUUCGUAUAAAAUACCAAACAUAAAAUGAAGUGGGUAGUUCUUGGCAUCACACUAAUAACAUGGAGUUGCAUAUUCUGUCAAGAUAUUGUGUUUCCAAAGGAUGACAAGUUACCCUAUCUUGGUGGUGACAGCAGCAACACACCGAUGACAGAGCGUGAUCCAAUUGUGGCACCAAAUGAAUGUCCUGAAAACAUGCUGCUUUACCCUGGAUCAGGAAGUAAGAGUACGUGGAUAUGUGAUUGUAGACCAAAAUUUUUAUAUUUUCCUUUGAAUGAUUCUUGCUAUGAAGCAUAUAAACAAGGACCUUGUAAACCACAACAUUAUGUGGUACUUCCUAAGAAUGAAGUUGUACCAAAAUGUGAAAAAAAUCCAUGCUUGGUAGAUGGUGUAGUACAAUAUAACAAUACAUGUUAUUCUCUCAGAACUGUAGGAGGUCCUUGUGCUCCUAAGGGUAUAAUAGAAGUAAAUGAAACUACCUUUGAACUAGAAUGUGUACCAUCAGAUAUUGAACCAUUUAUAAUAAUACAAGCACCCAAGAGGCAAUGUCCUGUAGGAAGCCGUAGAAAUUCUGUAGGAAUCUGCAGAGAAGUAAUACACUGAUU